GCGAUGAGGCCUUGAGCGAGUACAAAACGCAGCAAAACAUUCGGAAAGCGCGCUCCAUUGCAAGCUCUCUCCUCAGCACCCGGGAAUUUAACGAGUCACUCUUUGGAGCCAGCAAGGACACGGAUGAUGACGUCAUGAAGAUGAAGUUGUUCCGUCUCAUGUACGAGUCGGUGAAGGACAGCGAUCUAAAGAUCAAGAGAGCGGAACUGGUGAAAUCUGGCUUCGAGAACUCCACGGGCUUUGACUUAGGAUACGUGUUUGGCGACGCUUCAGACAAGCUGAACGUGAUGGUCGACAUAUCGAAGACCCUUAAAAGCAUGUAUGAUGUCUGGAGGCCCGUGGAGCACAUCAACGCGUAUGAACAGAUCGCCAAUCUGGCUAUAGAGGUGAGCCACCUGGUGGAUAUGGUUCGCACGAUCGCCGUGACUCCCCCCGGCAAGAACCCUCAGGAAUCCCUCGGCGUAGGCAAGAUGUGAAAUUUAUGUUUAUAAACAUGUAUUGAAAUGA